UGUUAUCUUAUAUCAUAUAUAAAUUUUUUAUUUGUUUUUAUAAUAUGUAUUAUCACAUGUCCGUAUUUUAUAUUCUGUUUAAUUAACUAAUUUUAAAUUUUCAUGUUAUCUACAUUCAUUCAAAUGAAUACUAAAAAUUAAGGUAUAUUUUAAAUUAGUUAUGGUUUAUUGAAUUAUGAAAAUUUAAUGAGAUGAUCGGAGAGAAUCCAAUCAAAGACUGAGACUAUUUUUAAUUCGGAAAUCAAAACAAAGCUGGGGCUCACAUCGAUGAGAGUGGACAAAUUAUGAGACUCGUUGAACAUCUUCACCCAUGGGAACGAUACUCCGGAGAGUGCCUUUGCAAAGUAAUCGGUAUACCUCGAUAAUAGCUCGUCCUCACGCCAACACUCUCUCUAUUAACAAAAAUAACAACAAACAAACAAACUUGAAGAUAGUCGAAUUCACCGGGGGCAUCGCCGAGUUCACUGUAGAUCAGUGAAUUCGCCGGAGAUCUCGUUGGAGCUCGUCUCAAUUUGAUCUCGUUACAGAGAUUUAGAGGAGAAAUAGAUCUAGGUUAAAUUAAUGAAAUGAGAGAUACAAUGGUAUAUUGGCUAUUUAAAUUUUAAUGGUAAAAGUGGUUAUGAAAUAAGUGAAAUAUGGUAAAACAAAAAUGGUAUUUUAGACAAAUUUUCAAACUUAUUAUGACAAAUUUUCUCUGUUUGAUUCGGUGAUUCUUAGAGAACGUAGACGUAUCAAAUAGAACCCUCUUUUAAAAAUUUGAAGUAAAAGAGGAUUGUGACAGAACAUAACAGUUCCAAAAGUCGAAUACUUUUGAGAGCCAGCUACAUGGUCAAGUACCCAAGUCUCGGAACUAUUUGUUUUGUAUGUGUGUGUAUGUGAUUAAUAUGCAGUAUUUAUAACUUUGGUCUAACCCUAAAUUGAUUAGGGUCCUUGGGCCUGAAGUCACACACUUAGCACACUAGUUUAAAUUGAAUUUAUUAGGCUAAAAGUUGGUUAAUAAUUAUUCAUUUCAAUAGUAGCUAUACAUAUAAACCAAAAAUAGACCCAACAAAAUGUCUCUCGCUUUUCUUCAGCUCUUUAGUCUUUUAGACUUGAUGAUGAAUUCAGCUACUAUUUCAUACAUUAACUGUUUCAUGUGAUAUGUCAUCCAUAUAUCAAAUAUUUCUAAGUAGAUAAACUUGUAAAUGCUUCAACGUACAUAUGAAAUUUAAAUUAAAUCAAACCCAAGCCGAAAAAAACGAGGAGGUUUACAUAAUGUGAGUAUAUUUUUCAACAAAACGAGAAAUAGUAGGUGAUCAUUAAUCAAUUAAUUACAGGGAGGUGACAAAAUCCGGGAGAUAAAGGCCACAUUUUAAGAUAGUUGACGCGUGAAACAUACCCUGUGUUACGUUAUGGGUUAAUUACUUAAAAUCCACGUCAGCUGAUAAGUGAACUAGAACAACACACUAAGUUAUCGUCUCGAAGGAAAAUUUCAGUAGCUAUCUUUCAUUUCAUCUAAUAACCUCGCAUGCCCCAUGCAUCGUAUAAUUAAUUACGAUUUUGGAAGAAAAAGUCCGACGAAAACCGAACAUAACUGAAUCUGGCAUAGCGUUUGGUACGCCUCUGGAUUCAGCUAUGCCAGACAAAGCAAACCAAACCUAAACCGUAUUAUUAAAGUCAGAAUAAACUGGCUUCCGAAAUAAACUGAAAAUAUAUUUUGCGGACAAACUAGAUAUUGUUAAGUUUAAUUAUUUAUAUUUUUGGUAAUUUCCAAAAGCGAGCAGAAGCAAACAAGUUUAAAUCCAACUAAGCCCAUACUCAUUUUUCCUUCUAUUCAGUUCUAGUUUCGGUCCUACUCAAAUAAAACCGAAAAAUAUGAAACCUGAAAAACGUGAACCGAUCUUACCAAACAAAAGAGCUUGUCCAUGCCUAUAUAUAUAAUAUUAAUCUAUAACCAUUUCUUACAUGUAAACAAGACAUACACGUAUCAAUUACUUCAAGCAUCUUGAAGAUAAGAAAAGGACUAGAAAAAUGGGCAAUUUUCUUAGGAGAAGCAGCGCAGUGCACCCGGUUCUCGGCGGCGACGGAGUGCGAAGAGAAAACGUGGAGACCGGAGGGAAGAAUGGUUGUUUAAGGAUAAAAGUGAGGAUGAGAAGAGAUAAACUUGAAGAGCUUUUGUAUUUGGCUCGUCGUGGUGAUCAGUCUGACGGUGACGGUGGUAAUAUUGGUAUCUUGAUUCUUAAAGAAUGUAUGGAAGGUCGCUUACCGGCGAGGGUUCUUAGCUCCGAUGAAUAUGUUUCGCCUCAACCGUGUGAAACCUACUUGGUAUCGAGAAGAUUGAGUUCCAUCAAAGAGGAAUAAUUGAAUGAGUAUGUGCUUGUAGAAUAUGUACUGUCGUCUUGAUUGCCCUUUUUACACAAAAGAAAUAAUAGGUGUCUUGAUUCUUGAAUAUAAACAUAAGCCUAAAGUACUUGAAUUUUAGAUAAACGACAAUUAAUAACGUUUUUGAGAUUCUUGUUAUGUUAUAUAUGUUAGGCUAAAAAGGAAUAAGAGAGACCAUGUUGUGUCGCAUUUAACGAUACAUAUGCAGAUUUCUACAUUUUCCUUUCGACAAACUACAUAUAAGUUUGCAGCUAUAUGCACACAUUAGAAUGUUAAGAUCUAAAGUAAAAAAAAAGAUGAAAGGAUACCCUACUAUAUAAGUAUCUUGAGUAAUAUCUAGUACUCAUUAUCAGUUACAAAAAAAAAAUAUUUUUGAAUUAAUAUUACUCAUUUUUUACAUGAUAUCAUGCCUAGUAAAUUAAAAGUUGCAAAGUUCGUAGCGGAAACAACACUAAUAUAUAUAUAUAUAUAAAGUUAUACAAAACAAUUGUUGAAAUUUUGAGUUAGAAACUCAUAAUUAUGAUAAUCAGAAUUUUUAUUUACUCAGGAUAUGUCUUAUUUUUAUAUACAAUUUUAAAAGGGUCAAUUAGCUCAAUAUACAAAUUGGAGAAAGAUAUUGCACAAGUGUGCAUUUUUUUUUAUUAAUUUGCGAACACGAAGAUUUAUCAUCGUAAAAUGACCCUUAUGGCCUCGACAAGAUUUGACAAGCCUAUUUGGGUAGUCCUGCUACCAGCUACUUGAGAAGAUAAGAGAUUCCUUUGGGUUUUGACGUAUGAUAGGUUCAAAAGCAAGUGGGUAGAUAGAUGGGUGUCAAUGUGUCAUAUAUCUCCACCAGAUUUUAAACCGUUUAUUUUGCAUGUUGACCUAAACAUAAACAGAAAAAUUUCACGACACAAAAUAUCAACAUCUUAAAAUUUACUUGACAAUAAUUUGAAUAAAUAAACAAUACUUGAUUAAUUAUCAAUUUUUUUUUCACACUGAAAAUUAAUUUUCGUUACCAUAUCAAUGAGGAAUACAAGAUCGAGAGACAUACAGCAGGAGGAUAGAAGAAACUCAUCCCCUGAGUCUAAAAGCCCACAAAUGGGAGACUAGAAAGACAUGAAAAACAGAGCAUAACAAGCAAGCUCAUUCUAGAUAACCAAACAACUCUAAGAGACACAAAGACAAAGUCAAAAAGAAAUCAAUAAAUCAAAGAACCUAAGACAAUGAUCCAUGCA